AUGGGCCAGCUACUCUCACACCCCCUGACGGAAAAAACUAUAGUAUACAACGACUACUUAUUGGAAGCCAACGGGAAGCAUGCCAACCUACCGGAUGGCUCUAUGAAGCCAUAUGCAAAGGAACGCCAUCAUCGUCACUUGCAUUUGCGGCGACAGUUUACAGAGAACAAAAGCCAGGAAGUCGUUCUGACAGACACGUCGAGUGAAAUCACAAAGGAGCAUGCGAGUUGCACGCAAUUUUUUAAUUGUGUUGGUUCCAUGCAGGGCUAUCGCAUGACACAGGAGGACGCGCACCUCGUCUCUAAUUGUGACACGCAGCUCGUGGCUUCCUUUCGCAAUCCUAUGAAUAACAAUGCGGUCGAAAAACUACGGAUCUCUGUGUUCGGAGUGUUUGAUGGGCAUGGUGGCGAUGAAUGCUCCCAGUUCUUGGCAGAUUCGGAGAAGGGUCUUCUCAAGUGGAUCAAAUACAGUUUUGAGAACCAUGAAUACUGCAGCAUUUCCGACAGUGCUAGCACAGCAUCCAGCAGGAGGGCCUUCUGCACAGUUGAGGGACUAAUUAGUCAAAUAUUUCGGGAUGCAUUUGCUCUACAAGAUAAAGAUCUUCAUUGCCAUUUUGCGAAUUCCCCCUGCGGGUCGACUGCUGUUGUCGCGGCAAUCAUCAAUAGCGAGACAUUAUACGUCGUAAACUGUGGGGAUUCGCGCUGUAUCCUUGCAUCUAUGAAUAGCUGCAUCAAGACCAUGUCAUUCGACCACAAGCCCCAACAUAUUGGCGAGCUCAUCCGGAUAAACGACGAUGGUGGGACUGUAUCAUUAGGCCGCGUAGGCGGCGUCUUAGCCCUUAGCAGAGCAUUUGGUGACUUUCAGUUUAAGCGCAGCGUGGCGUAUAAAGACUCUCAGCUCACCAACUCCAUUAGGAGGUAUAUUCCGGCUGCAGAGGCGCAAGUUACCGUAGAGCCGGAUGUCCUCACGCACUCGUUGGAUUACGCGAAGGACGAGUUUUUGGUACUAGCAUGCGAUGGAAUAUGGGACAUCUAUAGUAAUAAAGCCCUGACGCAAUUCAUCAAAUACCACCUCACGUUAGGACUCAGGCUAGACGACAUUGUCACGAAGUUGUUGGAUCAUGGGCUAGCAGGAGCCGAUUCAAAUACCGGAGUUGGUUUUGACAACAUGACAAUCAUAAUCAUUGUACUAAAUAAGCCCGGUGAAACGUUAAGUCAAUGGUAUGCUAAAAUGAAAAUGCGGAUGGAACAGGAAAAGGGAUUAGUUUGA